AUGACUUGGCAAAACGAGCAGUUCUUGGAAGUUUUGCGAUGUCCUGUGUUGGUUGUUGGAGUUGGUGGUAUUGGUUGCGAAUUACUAAAAAAUUUAGCCUUAACUGGCUUUUCCAAUAUCGAAAUUAUUGACUUAGAUACAAUUGAUGUAAGCAAUUUGAAUCGACAGUUCUUGUUUCGUCGUGAACAUGUUGGUAGACCAAAGGCGGUUAUUGCUGCAGAAGCAGUUCGAUCAAUUGUACCUAACGUAAAAAUUGUGUGUUACCAUGAUUCGGUGCUAAAGGAAGGAUACGGUGUCGACUUCUUUCAGAAAUUCACAGUGGUUCUUAGUGCACUGGAUAACAUAGCUGCACGAAAUCAUAUCAAUCGACUUUGUUUAGCAGCUCGAGUACCUUUAAUUGAAAGUGGUUCUUCCGGUUAUUUGGGACAUGCAAGUUUACCAUGCUUAUUUCAUAUAUUCGUACGUCCAAUAAUUCGUGAUUACACUGAAUGUUAUGAAUGUAAUCCAAAGACAGUGCAAAAAACAUAUCCUGGAUGUACGAUCCGUAAUACGCCAUCGGAGCACAUUCACUGCAUUGUUUGGGCAAAACAUCUUUUUAACCAACUUUUUGGUGAACCGGAUGAUGAAGAUGAAGUGUCUCCGGAUUUAACAGAUGAAGAAAAUCUGGAAGGUCCUAGUGUAAAUAAUGAUGGAAAAAAUGGAAAUGUAGCUUUUAAUACAGAACAGAACGAUGCUGAUGAUUCAUUUCUGCAUGGCGACAGUAGUGGAAAUAGAAUCAGUACACGGAAAUUGGCCGUCGAAAACGGUUACGAUCCAAAAAUUCUUUUUAGAAAAUUCUUUCACAAUGAUAUCAAUUACCUUUUGAGUAUGACGAAUUUAUGGAAGCAAAGAAGAAAGCCAUUUCCAUUGGAUUGGGAUAAUCUUCCAAAUGAAAUUGCAAGUUCAAGUAGCAAUGAGCCAAAUGCGGAACUGUGGACAGUUCUGCAGUGUAAGGAUGAAUUUGAAAAGGCUGUGGCCAUAUUGAGUAAACGCAUUAAAGAUGGAUCAGUGUUAUCAUGGGAUAAGGAUGAUGAACCAGCAAUGCGUUUCGUAGCAGCAUGUGCCAAUCUUCGUGCUCAUAUCUUUAGCAUUCCUCUCAGAACUCUUUUCGACAUAAAAUCGAUGGCGGGCAAUAUAAUACCAGCAAUUGCUACUACAAAUGCUAUAGUAGCGGGAAUGAUUGUUACUGAAGCACUAAAAGUUGUUUUCGGUGCAAAAGACAGAUUGCGAAAUAUUUUCAUAAAACCGAAGCCAAAUCCACGUGGCAAAAUUUUAAUUGAGGAAGUGCCUUGCAAACCUAAUCAGCAUUGUUACGUCUGUUCGGAACGACGAGAAAUAACUCUGAAAUUAAAUGUCAAGUUGACUACUGUUCAAUCUUUGGAAAACAAAUUUUUAAAGGGAAUUUUACAUAUGGUAGCACCUGACGUCAUGAUUUAUCUAACUGGCAAUAUCGUCAUUUCGAGUGAAGAGGGUGAAACCAAAGCUAUUAGUGAACGAAUUCUGGAAAAAGUCGGAGUCGUUCAUGGUUGCAUCCUGGAAUGCGAUGAUUUCUUGCAAAGACUGGAACUUCGGAUUCGUAUCGAGCACACUAAUGAGCUGAGGGUUGAUGAGUUUGUAAUAGCAAUGGAUACUGAUGCUACUGCAACAAAUGGACAAGAAGAUGGGGAGCAAGGGAAUAGAAUAAAGCGGCCAUUAUCGGAAGCAACUGAUGAUGAGUGUUCACCGGCUAAAAUUCGGAAAAGUGAUGGUGAAACUAAUUUAUAA